CUUUCUUUCUUGUAGUUGUUUUAGGCAGUAGGGUUGCAGCAGAUAAACGCCACCAUCACUGCCACCGCCACCUCCACCGCCACGACCACGACCACGACCACGACCACGAACACCCCUCUCUGCACCCAGCAGCCCUUCCAAACUCUUCCGCAAAUUCCGAUUGCCUUUCCGUCGCUCCGAGCCCUUUCACAUCCGAACUUUUUCCCGCAAGAAUGGGCGGUUCGCUUCCUCAAAAAGAGGCCAAUCUCUUCAAAACCAUCGUCAGAUCAUAUGAAACUAAACAGUACAAGAAAGGCCUGAAGGCGGCAGAUGCCAUACUGAAGAAGUUUCCAAAUCAUGGAGAAACUUUGUCAAUGAAGGGAUUGACGUUAAAUUGCAUGGACCGUAAAGCAGAAGCUUAUGAACUUGUGCGGCUUGGAUUAAAGAAUGACCUGAAGAGUCAUGUUUGCUGGCAUGUUUAUGGUCUCCUGUACCGAUCGGAUAGAGAAUACAGGGAGGCAAUUAAAUGCUACCGAAAUGCCCUGAGGAUUGAUCCAGAUAAUAUUGAAAUAUUGCGGGACUUAUCACUCUUGCAGGCUCAAAUGCGUGAUGUGGCGGGUUUUGUUGAGACAAGGCAACAAUUGCUGACUCUAAAACCUAAUCAUCGCAUGAACUGGAUAGGUUUUGCUGUUGCCCAUCAUUUAAAUUCAAAUGCUUCAAAAGCAAUUGAUAUCCUUGAAGCAUAUGAAGGAACAUUAGAGGAUGAUUAUCCUCCAGAUAAUGAACGUUGUGAGCAUGGUGAAAUGCUGCUAUACAAGAUUUCUUUAAUGGAAGAAUGUGGCUUUCUUGAGAGAGCCCUUGAGGAGUUGCACAAGAAAGAGUCUAAAAUUGUUGAUAAACUGUCUUACAAGGAGCAGGAAGUUUUGCUUCUUGUGAAGCUUGGCCUCCUGGAAGAGGGUGAAAAAUUGUACAGAAUGCUGCUUUCCAUGAACCCUGACAAUUAUAGAUAUUAUGAAGGGCUACAAAAGUGCAUGGGUCUACUAUCAGAAAGUCAUUGCUAUUCCUCUGAUGAGAUUGAUCGGUUGGAGGCCUUGUACAAAUCACUUGGGCAGCAAUACAGUCAGUCGUCAGCUGUUAAGAGAAUACCCCUAGAUUUUCUAAAUGGCAAAAAGUUCCGGGAGGCAGCUGAUAAUUAUAUUAGGCCUCUCCUGAUGAAGGGAAUUCCUUCAUUAUUUUCUGAUCUUUCUCCUCUGUAUGAUCACCCGGGCAAGGCAGAUAUUCUGGAACAACUGAUUCUUGAAUUGGAACAUUCAAUUAGGACUACCGGUGGAUACCCUGGGAGGACAGAGAAGGAACCCCCUUCAACACUGUUGUGGAAUUUGUUCUAUUUGGCUCAGCAUUAUGACAGACGGGGCCAAUAUGACACUGCCCUAGUAAAAAUUGACGAGGCUAUUGAACACACUCCAACUGUGAUUGAUUUAUAUUCUGUCAAGAGCCGAAUAUUAAAGCAUGCUGGAGACCUGGUGGCUGCUGCCGCACUGGCAGAUGAAGCUAGGUGUAUGGAUCUUGCUGAUCGCUACAUAAAUAGUGAAUGUGUCAAACGCAUGCUGCAGGCUGAUCAGGUGGCACUGGCAGAGAAGACAGCUGUGUUGUUCACAAAAGAUGGGGAUCAGCACAAUAACCUAUAUGAUAUGCAGUGUAUGUGGUAUGAACUGGCUUCUGGAGAAAGCUACUUCCGGCAAGGUGACCUUGGACGGGCUUUGAAAAAAUUCUUAGCUGUGGAGAAGCAUUAUGCAGAUAUCACAGAAGAUCAAUUUGAUUUUCAUGCUUAUUGUUUAAGGAAGAUGACUUUGCGAACCUAUGUAGAGAUGCUGAAAUUUCAAGAUCAACUGCACUCGCAUGAUUAUUUCCGUAAAGCAGCAGGUGGAGCAAUCAGGUGCUACAUAAAAUUAUAUGAUUCACCUUCAAAGUCAGCAGCUGAAGAAGAUGGUGAAAUCUCAAACUUACCUGCUUCACAAAAGAAAAAAAUGAGACAAAAGCAGAGGAAGGCAGAAGCUCGGGCUAAGAAAGAGGCAGAAGUGAAAAAUGAAGACUCAAAUGCUAGCGGUGCCUCUAAGUCUGGAAAACGAAAUGUCAAACCUGUAGAUCUUGACCCAAAUGGGGAGAAGUUGCUGCAGGUUGAAGAUCCGCUAUUAGAAGCGACAAAGUAUUUGAAGCUGCUUCAGAAACAUUCACCUGAUUCCUUGGAGACACACUUGCUGUCUUUUGAACUAAAUAUGAGAAAGCAAAGAACUUUGAUUGCCUUUCAGGCUGUAAAACAACUUUUACGGUUGGAUGCUGAAAAUCCGGAUUCACAUUGCUGCUUGAUAAAAUUCUUUCACAAGGUGGGGGCUAUGCCUGCCCCAGUGACUGACACUGAGAAACUCAUUUGGGCUGUCUUAGAAGCAGAGAGACCCACUUUCAGUCAGCUGCAUGAGAAAUCCCUUCUCGAGGCAAACACCCAGUUCCUUGAAAAGCAUGGAGACUCAUUGAUGCAUAGAGCAGCAGUUGCAGAAAUGCUUUAUGUUUUGGAUCCUAGCAAGAAGGCGGAGGCUAUCAAAUUAAUUGAAGAUUCAUCCAACAACCUGGUGUCAAUAAAUAGAACCCUUGGACCGGUAGGGAAAUGGAAACUCAACGACUGCAUUGCAGUGCACAAACUCCUUGGAACACGUUUGAAUGACAAUGAUGCUGCAUUAAGAUGGAAAGCCCGAUGUACCCAGUUCUUCCCUUACUCCACAUACUUUGAGGGCAGUUGCAGCUCUGCUAUUCCAAGCUCAGCUUAUAACCAGAUACAUAAAAAUCCUGAAAAUCUGGGUGCAACCCACCCAGAUACUGGUCAUAGCGCAGACUCUAUUUCCUCAAAUGGGAAACUAGAGAAGCUUGAGGCAUCAAUUAAGGAUCUUAUUGUCUGAUGGGCUUAUCUGAGAGAUCUCUAUGCCAAGGUAUUUAUUAAGUGGCUUACCUGUUUGGAUGGCGAAGGUUCUCAAUUGCUUAUUGCAGCCUAUAAAAUAUAGCUGGAUACAAGUAUAUGAAGGCUGCUGAUCAUGGAAAAAUCAGUUUUGAGUUUUUUGUGCAAGUUAGGUGAGAUCCUCUUUUUUGUUGCUUUGACAUAGAGUUUUUAUUUUACCACAGUUCAACCUCGGUCUGAUUCUGGAAUGCAUUUGCUGCAAAUGUGUAUAAUUAUCAUGCAUUAUGUUUCAAAGUCGAAUGCCCUUUUUUGCUUGCCUUUUGGUGAUACCCCUGGGCAAGAAAUUCCAUGGGUUUGCAUCAACACAAUAUUUGUGGUUACUCCAGGCUGAAGGUAGUAGCACAAUAGAAGGAUUUUUCUCUGUAGAGUCUAGCGCUAGACCAUGUUGUACUUGGUUUUGGAGAACCAGAGAGAGAGAGAGAGAGAGAAUGUUGUAUUAGGUCUUAUUUUUUAUUUUUCAUGUAUAAAUGCCAUAUUGCUCGAAAAAUUUUGGCAUGGAAAAUUACAAUAACAGUUGAUAUUGCUGCAAUUUCUUGUUUUA